CCGGGGCUGCCCGACAGAGGGUUUGAAUAUGUCGCGCCAGCUGAGAGCAUCAAGGUUUGACCCUCGUGCGGGAUUUCACGCGGAGGGCAAGGACAGCGGCCCCUCAGUUCCCCAGGGCCUCCUGAAGGCGGCGAGGAGCAGCGGGCAGCUCAACUUGGCGGGAAGGAACCUCGGGGAAGUCCCUCAGUGUGUUUGGAGAAUAAAUGUGGACAUCCCUGAGGAGGCCAAUCAGAAUCUUUCAUUCAGCUCUACUGAACGAUGGUGGGACCAGACAGAUCUGACCAAACUCAUCAUCUCCAGCAAUAAACUCCAGUCUCUCUCUGAUGACCUCCGGCUCUUGCCUGCCCUCACUGUUCUUGAUAUACAUGAUAAUCAGCUGACAUCGCUCCCUUCAGCUAUCAGAGAGCUAGACAAUCUUCAGAAACUUAACGUCAGCCAUAACAAACUGAAAAUGCUUCCUGAAGAAAUUACAAGUUUAAAAAACCUGAAGGCGCUGCACCUCCAACACAAUGAGCUGACAUGCCUACCUGAAGGCUUUGAGCAACUUUCCAGCUUAGAAGAUUUAGAUCUUUCAAGCAAUCGUCUUGCAGCUGUGCCUGCUGGUUUUGCUUUGCUGUCCAGUCUGCUGCGGCUCAAUCUUUCCAGUAACCAGUUGAAAAGUUUGCCAGCAGAAAUAAGCAGAAUGAAAAGAUUGAAGCAUUUGGAUUGUGACUCUAAUCUCCUGGAGACUGUGCCCCCUGAUGUGGGCAGCCUGGAAUCACUGGAAUUGCUUUAUUUGCGGAGGAAUAAAUUACGUGUUCUUCCUGAAUUUCCUUCUUCUAGGCAACUAAAGGAAUUGCAUCUCGGUGAAAACCAGAUCGAAAUGUUAGGCGCAGAGCAUCUUCAGCACCUGCAGGCCAUCCUGGUACUGGACCUAAGGGGCAACAAGCUGCGGUCUGUGCCCGAGGAAAUGUCCCUGCUGCAGUCUCUGGAAAGGCUUGACUUGAGCAACAACAACAUCAGUAGUCUGCCCUGCUCACUGGGAAACCUUCAUUUGAAAUUCCUGGCACUAGAAGGAAAUCCUCUAAGAACCAUUCGAAGAGAAAUUAUAGCUAAAGGAACUCAAGAAGUCCUAAAAUACCUGCGAAGCAAGAUCAAAGAUGAUAGUGGGACCAGUCAAAAUGAUUCUGUUCCUGAGACCGCCAUGACACUACCAAGUGAGUCCAGAGUCAAUGUCCACGCCAUGGUCACACUAAAGCUGCUAGACUAUAGUGAUAAACAAGCAACCUUGAUUCCUGAUGACAUAUUUGAUGCCACAAGAAGCAACAUCAUCACUUCCGUCAACUUCAGUAAGAACCAGCUGUGUGAGAUCCCCAAAAGGAUUAUUGAGCUGAAGGAGAUGGUAUCAGAUGUCAACCUUAGUUUUAACAAGCUUUCCUUUAUAUCCCAGGAGUUAUGCUUGCUUCAGAAAUUGACAUUUUUAGAUUUAAGGAAUAAUUUUUUAAGUUCUUUGCCUGAAGAGAUGUCAUCACUGACAAAACUGCAAACGAUCAAUCUUUCCUUUAACAGGUUCAAAGUGCUACCUCCAGUUCUGUAUCACAUCCCCACAUUAGAAGCGGUUCUGAUCAGCAACAAUCAGGUUGGCUCUGUGGACCCUCACAAGAUGAAGCUGAUGGGAAACCUGAGCACUCUGGACCUUCAAAACAACGACCUCCUGCAGAUCCCGCCAGAGCUUGGGAACUGUGUGCAGCUACGAACACUACUGCUAGAUGGAAAUCCCUUCCGAGUUCCUCGAGCAACCAUAUUGAUGAAAGGCACAGCUGCUGUGCUGGAGUAUUUGAGAGACCGAAUCCCUGCCUGAGUCCAGCGGGCAUCCCACCCUGGUGCUCAUUCUGGAUAGGAAUGGCCAGCCUGCAGUGCUGCCGUAUCCCAGGUGUCGCUGUGUUCACUCCACUAAAUGUGUCGUUUGUGAAGUACUGUGAGCAUUUAUAAUGGUGUUGGCUGCAACACAUCUUAAAUGUUUUGCCAACUCAUCCAUUAUGACAUUGCAAAAACUUUUUAUUUCAUGAGAUUUAAUAUCAUAAUGAUAAGGCAACCAUCAUUUUAGAUUGGGGUUCCUCCUGGUUUUUUUUUUUAUUUUCCAUAUAAUGUGAACUGAACAAGACUGUAUUAGCUGUAAGUCAGCAAAUUUUACUAAGUAUUAUUCUUUGGCAUUUGAAAGAAAAUCAGGCUUUUUAUUGCCCAGGAAUUUAAACUUUCUGUGUGGUUAGUGUCAAUGCAUUUUAUAUAUAGGGUUUUUGGUGUUUUUAUUUUCUUAUUUUUUUAACUUCAUAUAUGUGUAUGGGUGUCCUUUAUACCAACCUGGUACCUCUUAUUCUAGCACCGUGAUUCUGAAAUCUGCUUACAGCCUGAUUAAAGCUAAACUGGCAGUUUUACAGUAAUUUUCUAAAAGGGAAUUAGUUAUAAGCAAGCUUGAUUUAAUAAAAACCAAAUAUAAACAUUGCUGUUUACACUGAAAUUAUCAAAAGCAGGUUAUGAGCCAUCCAGGCUCACCGUAUGAUUGUGUCAAGAAGCCAGUUGAGUAGUAGCGUGUGUCAGCGGGCGGAGGACGGAGGCAGAGGACUUGCAGGUGAUUGAGGCUGUUGAUGUUAGGAAAAGUCAGUGCUAACAAAGAUACAUGCUUCAUGUUCAUAAUAAAAGUUACAUUUUUAGAUAUUAGUACAGUGUUUUUGUUUUAAAAAGAAACACACCUUUUCCAUGUCACAGCUCCCUGUCUCAGAAUCUGCUUCCAUAGUAAACCAGACACCGUGUAAUAAGGUGAUGUUUUAUUAUUUAUACAAUAAAGAGACUUUUAUGUUAUUCAAAACACUUUUUUAAAUACUGAAAAAUUUGAGUACAACAGAACCUAAAAAUGGCUCUGCCGUACACCGCACAGCGCAGUUAUCUGUACAGAGCGCAUCUGCAGAUGCUUCCAGACUACACCCUACCUACCCUUAACCCAGUGCUAGCGCAUAAGACAGCUGGAGAGCACAGACCACACUGCCAAGGGGAAAUACAGGUUAGUGGAACUUUGCACAUAAAAUUAAACAGCUUUCAAGGUUGUUAUGGUCUCAUAUGGCAAAAAACCAUGAAGUACAUUCACAAUCUAUGUUAGUAAUUAGUGUUUCUUCAUUCAGUUUUAUUUACAUCAAUAUGUAGUUCAACUAAAAAGUACUGUUAAUCAUGGUACAUUGUUUUUUUUAACACAUACAAAAAUGACAACUUUUAUAUAUAAUUUUAAGCUCAAAAUCACAAUUAUCUCAAAAUAUUAAUUACAAUACAGCCAUUUCAAUUAAACAUAUCAUGGUUUGAUUUUUUAUAUAAAAUGGUAAACUUUAUUAUUAAAGUAAGCAAGUUGUUUUGAAUUGGCUAGAGUACACCCAAGUAGAAAAUCUAAAUGUGAUGUGUGAGGUGUUUGCUGCCCCUCCCACCCGGUUUGUAUGGAGCCACCUAGGCUAGCAAAGAGACGGAAAAGGCCCCGGUUUAUAAGUAUUGAGCCUCAUUUGCUAAACUGCCUUGGCUUCUUGGUUCUUGGUAAAAGCUCUACGAAGGGAGUGUCCAUAGACUGCAGUGAAAUGCAUGCAAUUAUAUACAGCGUGUAGAAUGUCAGUUCACCAACACACAUCGACAUGUCCACAUAGACGGCAAAGGAUGGACGGAAGGAGCACUUCACCUGCCACGUGCGUAUUGUCAGCUAGAGCAGAGUUUUAGGAAUGAGGUCCCACUUUAAGCUCUGACAGGAGGAGCCCUGGUUACUGUGGAUGUGUUAUCUGGGCGCUGCACUUAUGUAGUGAAACCAGAUCCCAUCAGAGUUUUGGUCUAGAGACCUGAAGCUGUGCCACCACUUAGGAAUCUCUCUUAUGCCUUUUAUGAGAAUGAAAUAUUUAACUGACUUAUACGACCUCAGGAAUUUGUGUGUGUGCUUGACACAUAAAACAUUAGAACUAACAGAGUAAAGAAAUAGAUUUACCUCCCACAAAUUACUGAGAGCAAAAGUCAUUGAUCAAAUAAUUUUGAAAAUGAAAAAUAAAUGUCAUGAAUAUUUAAAAAGUGUGUUUGUGUAAUUCUUUGCAAACCUCUUGGAGCCCCCCCCACUGUCUUCUAUCUGUAUCACUUUUCUGAUGCUUAAUAUUUCUUUCCUGAAAAGAAUGAGACCGCGGUUCAUAGUUCUCAUACACAGCUGUGUGGGGUGCUCUUGGGUGGUUGUUGGUGGGAAAGAAAAUCCUAGUUCUUGUAAUAACCUGUAGUGACCAAGUUCAUUAUCUCUGCCCGUGGCUCCUGCUAGCCCUGGAGAGUGUUCUUUCCUCCAGUGUAAACAGUGUUACAUUCUUAAGCCCCACCUUCAAUCCCUUCUAUCCACUGAGUGCAAGAAGAACUUGAUGGCCUCAUCCAACAAAAGUGCUGUCUGCCUGUCAGCUACCUCAAACAGACAUCACAGUAAGGCUUGCUCUCGAGGAGGGAAGCAAAGGAAAUGUCUAAUUAUCAGAGCAGAACUACGAAAUGUUUGUUGUGGUCCAUCACACUGUCAUCAAAGUAAAACAAGAUUUCCUAAGCGUUAAGUAGCACUCAGCAAGCGAUCCUACGUAAGCCAGAUGUCCUCCCCUUGGUCUAAGACCAGUGAGUGCCCUCUGAGUGGAAAAAUGAAUAUUGAAAAUAAUACUUAUUUCAACAGUACAUUUGGGCAAAUACGGGAAAUUCUUUAUCUGCCUGAGAGAUUCGUCUUGGUUUUUCCAGAGACUUUCAAAAACAAACAAAAUAUCUAACACUUCCCGGGGACCUAUUCUUUAGUAGUGGAAUGGAAAGCUAUGGAAAACAAUGUGGUUUGUCCAUGUGUCAAGUGCUUUCCUUGGUCUAGCUAUCAGGCAGUUCAAUUGACCUGCCAUACCCAGGCAUCAUUCAACCUCAGACUCCAGCAGUGCAAAACAAACUAGCAAAGAAAAAUGUGCGUCUAAGAGACACAAAACCUGAGUUGCAAUAAAAGGUUUUAAUAUAAGAAACUUCUUAAUAUAGGAAAAUAACCUUUGAACAGCCAAAAAAUACAUUUAUACAAUAUAAGCAGCUAACUUGGUGCUUAAGUGUCUCAUAAGACUAAGCAAGAAAGAGAUCAUUUACAUCUGACCAUUUUCCUAACUACAGUUGAGAUAAUUUAAUAUCUAUUUUCAUUCCCCUGAAUUAAUUCAUUUUCUUUCUUUUUUUUUUUUUAAAAAAAAUCUGCACAUAUUUGGGUAAUUCCUGUUCAGUUUUUGAGAGUGCGCCUGUUGCUUCCUGGGCACUGCAGCAGUAGUUGGGGCUGCCAGAGCCACGGGGAACCUAAAGUUUAAAACAUUAGAGCUUGGGGUUGGGGUUUCUGCAGACUCCUCUCCUCUUUCUCCAUCUGUACACUCCAUUUGCUUCAGUAGAUUCAAGGUGCUAGGAAUUGAACCUAGGACCUUGCCACCCCAGUCCUUGCAAGAUCUUGCUAUGUAGCCCAGACUGACCUCAAACUUGUAAUGCUUCUGCCUUACCGCCCCCCCCCCCCCGCCAUUGCUGGGAUCAUAGGCGUAUUUCACCAAGUUGGAUGCAUUGCUUGCCUUUUCAUACUUGGUAAUGAAUUGUCUCUGCUGAAGCUCUCCUGUGUGCAGGCAGCUGCCAGGACCAUGUCUGCUUUCCAGACCUGAGUCUUUUCAAGAGCUUAAAGCUUGGCCUCUACAUUUACUUAUUGGGAGGAAAUCUGCCUAAAUGCCUCUCAUUACUUUGUUUACCUGGUUUACGGCUCAGUUCAGGACGUAUGUAUUUCCUCAAAUACACUGAGGGCAUUUUUUAUAGGAAUUGAUUGAAAGUUGCUUUUCUGUGCAGCCUUGAUGGAUGCAUUCGUCUUAUUGACCCUUGGAAGAGGGAAGCCAUAGGAACCCAGAGGUUAAGUCCUUGAAGCUGUGAUUGCCUGGGAGGCCUCUGCACAGGAGAGCCUUGCUUGGGGAUAGGAUGGGAAUGGGUAAAGAGAUGAGAAAAUGUCUUAGCAAGAGCACUCCAGUUUGCUUGUUUAUGUGGCACCUACCUCAAAACCAUUUUACACUGGGCUGAAAACUAAAAGCAGAGUUCUACCGUCUCUGCCAACAAACUUGUUGCCAUGGGAAUGAAUGCAGGCAAAUGAAAGAUAUGACAAAGAGUGAGGAAUUAAAUUGAAAAAAAAGGGAGUUGAUUUCUGCGUUGCUGUUUAAGUCUCUGGGAUUUAAAGAAAGUGUUUCUCAUCUGAUGACAUCAAUGAAAAUGGCCAGAAUGACUUAGCGAUUAGUGGUCCCAAGGCAGAUGCAGGAAGAAAUGAGAAAGUAGCAAGCUUAUUUGGUUAAAGGAACUCUGUGAAACCUAGUUCCAUCCCUGAUAAGUUAGGCUUUUUAGCCCGUGUGGACUGUGUGGGUAAACAGGAACCUGCAAAAGACUCUAACUCAAAGCCCAGGCACACAUCUCACAGGAUUAUUGCACACCUCGUGUUAUUGCUUGAAGCAGCCUCCCAAGAAUUCAAAAUCAAAAGCCAAAGAACAGCAACAAAAGCCAUGAUUUACAAAUCCCUCUCCCCUCCCCCACGGCCAGGUAACCACCAUAAGUAACUGAGGACUUUGUUUCUCCCAGAAAUAAUUAUUUCUCUUCACUUGAUCAAAGCCUUCCUGAAUACCCUGCUCUGGUGUUCUCAGCCUCAAGCCGGACAGGAUAUUGGAAAGUUGGCAGUGAGGACUCACCGAGCAGUUUCAAACCUGAUACAAGGAGGUGGGUAUGUGUCUGUGCUCCUGGGAACCAGCCCUCUUGUCCUCCCAGCUAACUGAAGCAGCAUCCCGGAAGCAUUUCUCUAGAAGCCGUGAUUACCAGUGACUUCCUAAUCUGUUUGUUAGAGCUCCUCUCUGAAGCCUGCCACAGUGUUCAGAGUCCUUCAGAGAGUUCGGAAAUCUUUGAGGGACCUGGACACUCAGGGUGGUUAAACAGGUUGGAGCACGAAGCCUGUUGUAUGCAGACUAUUUCUUACACUAAUACCCAAUGAAGAUCAGGAUUGAAUAAUCUGAUGAGGGACUAAAGGCAGUAGGCAGAUCUCUCCUUAGAGCCAAGCAUGUCAUGGAGUCUUCAGAAGUAGCUAUGAAGAUGGCACAAUUAAUACAUUGCUGCUUCUAUUUCUGCAUGUAUGGUGUCUAAAUUAGUUCAUGUCUGGAGGAAGACUAGCCGGCGAGUAUUAAACUGAAGAAUGACUCGCUUCAAAAGCUUUAACUGACCCUCUUCUGGUAGCUCUCUUUUUGGGCAAACUUGAUUUCCUCUGAGAGACCACCUAUCUACUGUAUGUAGUAAUUUUAUCACUUCCAUUUCGCCGGCAAGCGUUCCAUCAUAUUAGAAACCCUGUCAGAUACUAAGUGCUAAAAUUCUACUCCACUUUCUUCUGCAUGUGUGUUUGCUUGUGUAAGAGUGCAUGUGUGUAUUCUGGGCAUUGUCUGCGCAUGUGUGCAUGUACCUGUGGAGGUCCAAAGUUAUUGUCAGAUCUCUUCCUCAGUCACUCUCCACCUUAUAUACAGGAGCAGGGCCUUCCACUUGAAGCCUGAGCUAGUCUAGGUGGCCAGUUUGCCCUGGGAGCCACUUGUCUUUGCCUUCUGAGCCAAGGGGUAACAGGAGAAUUUCAUAUGUUCUGACGGUCCUGAAUAAGGCCCUCAGAGUUGUGUAGUAAACUCCUUACCUACUGAGCCAUUUCCCAAGCUCCUCUUCUGUUUUUUGUUUUAAACGUUUGAUUUAUCUCUCCAUUUCUUUGUGUGGCCGUAUAGGAGAUUCUCUGUUAUGUCCUGUAUCUUAGUGUAGCAGACGUGACUUGUUGUCAUGUAGCAGUAGACUAUUUAAAAAAGAACCAGUUUCCUUAGCUAAGGAUAUGUAUUGCUUUUCAUUGCCACGAACAUUUGGGAAUUUGAAGAAUUAGGAGUGGACUGACGAUGCCUAUGCGGCAGGCGUUACCGGCUUUCUACAGUUGGGCUUUCCCUACCUGCCAGUACACCUGUCGGGUCUAGCAUGCUCAAAGUGGCACCUGGAAAUCAGGAAUUAAGUAUUUUCAAAAUACAAUCUCAUUUUCUUGUUUUAUUUUAUUUUAUUGAGACAGGGUGUCUCUGGAACUCUCUCUGUAGGCCAGGCUGAUGUUCACUCAGAGAUCUGCCUGCACAAUCUCCUUUUCAAAUGCAGCUAUGCUGCAUGUCUCUGAUAAACAUUUUCUAAUUUAAUACACAGAUUCACUAAGUCACUACCAUCAAGGGUAGCUGUGCUACCCCACCUGAAUGCAUGAUUGUAUCUCUGCUAACCCACACCCAGACUAAUCCUAAGGGGGGGGGGCACCCUAAUUUUAACCUCAAGGAACAAACAAAAACUGGUGUUUUGCUGGAAGUAAAAAAAUAAAAUCACCCAUUCUUUCCAUGUGAUGCAAUGGCUGGAGAGACUUCCCAAUGGGAACCUGGGGAGGUACUGCUUCUUAGGAGUUAAUGUGGAAUUCACCUUGUAGUGACUUAGUGAAUCUGUGCGCUAGACUAGAAAAUGUUUAGAUGCCCUAAUACCGCAUUCUCUCUGACUUUGAUCCCUGAGGGCAACCACACUGAAGGACUGCAUCAAAAGGAGCGGCAAGCCGGGCAUGAUGUGACUCAUCUGGAUGGUACUGCUUCAACUGUCUCCAGAGACUUGUCCCUUCUGGACAAUAAAUACAAAUAAGAAGUGGGAGCUGGCCUUCCAGAAUGUUCCAUGCCCGCACUGUGAGUCAACGAAGCUGAAAAGAAUCCUUUGUUGCUUUGUCAGCGUGACAGAGACAGCGAGGAUAUUUUAUUCUCCACUCUCCUCACAGUUUCCUCAGACACAGACUUCUUAAGCACCGUCUUCCCAUUUGACUGUUUCUUGAUGGGAAAGGCUGAUACUUAUUGUAUGUUUGGCUGUUCCUUUGAACAUUUGCCUCUAUUGGAUUUAAUCGAAAGGGGAGAUAGCUCAGAGGUUAGGAGUGCUGGCUGCUUUUCCAGAGGGCCCAGGUUCAACUCCCAGCAACCACAUGGAUUUAAUUGAAAGGACAACAAGAAAAAGGCUUAAAAACCAUUGAUAAUAAUUAAAAAAAAAAAGUAUUUCACUGCAGGCUAGAAGCCUGUGCUGAAGAUGAUGGUACAGAGGAUUCUCGAGACAGCCACUUCAGCACUUCUGGAGGGGCUGGGGUGCAGCUCGGGCUGGGGCGUCUGCGUGUUCUGCAGGCACAGAACCCUAGGAUGCCCAGGUCGGAUGCCCAGAAACCACAGUAAACACGUCCCUGAACUGCAUCUCUUCACACAACAGGUUUGGAAGCAUUCUCAAUAAGUAAGUAAAUAAAAGUCUAUAUCCUGGUAUGAUUGGACAUGUGGGAAUGUUUAUGAAAAUAAUUUUGGAAAGGUAAACCAAAGGUCUGCUUCUUAUUUAUUUAUUUAUUUAUUUAUUUAUUUAUUUAUUUAUUUUUGAUGACUUAAAGUCCUAGAUCCCAGAGGCCCAGAUUUUGUAGACAAGUGUGGAAAAAAAAAAGAGUCCAGGAGUCCUGACUUGGACAGGGACAGAGGUGUGUGUGUGUCUGUGCGUGCAUGCGUGUGUGCGUGUGUGUGUGUGUGUGUAGUUGGAGGGGUUUUGGUCCCACAUCUAGCUUGCCUUGGAGCAGAGGUGUGUGUGUGUGUGUGUGUAUGUGUGUGUGUAGUUGGAGGGGUUUGGGUCCCACAUCUGGCUUGCCUUGUAGCAGAGGUGUGUGUGUGUGUGUGUGUGUGCGUGUGUGUAUUUGUUGGAGGGGUUUGGGUCCCACAUCUGGCUUGUCCUGGAGCAGAGGUGUGUGUGUGUGUAGUUGGAGGGGUUUGGGUCCCACAUCUGGCUUGUCCUGGGAGGCAGGCACAGAGAUGUGCAGUUUAAGCAGUGGCAUCUGCAGCUGUAUAAAGCACCCAUGAGGGGAGUGCUUUCUGGAGCCUCUCUUGGUUAGAAGGAAUCUUCGAGAUUCUAGAGUGCAAAAUACUUAUUGCCAAUUUGAAUGAUCCCACAGUAAGGCUGAAGAACUGCAAGCAUGUGUGGUUGCCAGCUGCUUAAAACAAACAGGAGGGAUGCUUUUCCUGUCUUUAGAAUUACGCUUUAAUGAACACCGAUAAAGUAAAGCUGGGCUCACAAUCACUCACUCAUCUCUCCCAGUAGGCGACAAACUGGGGCAGGGUUGGGGAAGGUCUUGGUGAAGUUUUCCUGCAGCCUCCUCUUCCCACCCUGAGGCUACUCCACAAACCAACCUGGGUAAUGUUCCCAUCCUACACAGCUAAAAGCACAUCCCUGGACCCGUCACACUAUAGAGCCCAAGACAGGCGUUCACUUUACGUCAGGGCUGGCAGGGCUAAUCAUGAUCCCUCAGCAACAAGGCGAUCAUAAUCUCAGCACAAGGGGGAAUGUGCUGGCGGAGAGACCAUUCCAGGAAUGAAAGACCGAGAUUACUAUAUGAACAAGUAAAACAACAAAAUAUAUACUUAAUGAUUUGUACCAAGAACUGAGUGGUGGUCCAGUACCAGAUCCACAAGAUAGACAAGGCAGCACUGGGGAGAGCACUCGAGCUAACGGGCAGCCUCUCAUUCUCCGGUUUAGUUUACAACCAAACUGAUUUUUAGGAGCCCACAAGAGUCUUAAAGGAGGGUAAUGGUAGAAUAGAGAAGAAAGUAAGUUACAAAACCAGAUGUUUUCCGAAAGAAGAGAACCUGUGUCUGGCACUCCCGGCUUGCUGGAGGGUCACACUGCUCAAGUCCUGGCUGGCUAAUGGGUGCUUUGACUCCUGAGAGGGUCUAAAGCCAACCUGGUGAUCCUACCUGAGUUGGUGCCAUAAAACCAGCAGCCUUGAGGUCACAGCGAAAUAGUCCCCAGCCCCCUAAGGAGGCUGGCCAGACUCUGCUAAGAGCUCACCGCAGGAGCUGGUGACCUUGUGGCCAGAAGAAAGCAGCUCCCUUUGGAGAAAAACACCAGGAUUUAAUGUUUUAAUAAGCUUCAGGGAAGAACAUCCUGUCUUCUGUUUACUUUUGCUGGAGAAGGACAAGAUUAAGUCUGUAGAGGGGAGUCUGAAGCUCCACCAGGGAGGAUUCUGAUGGGAUCAUCAAGGUAGAACCCUAGGCAGAGCAGAUUGUGAAGACACAGUUAACUCAGGUAUGAUUUCUUUCACCAGGAACCAGCCAUCAGAGGCCCCGGGACUCUCCAUAUCUCAGAACCACAGUAGGUCACCAAGGUGGCCAAGAUUCUAGUUUUGAUUCAUGGAUAUUCUGACUGGGGUGGGUUUACCUAACGAGGCAUUUCUUGGAACCCAAUUUUCACGAUAUGAGAUGCUUUUAAAAAUGCAUUCUUUUUGUAAUAAACUCUUUAUGUUACGCUAAUUCUUGUGAAGGUGAAAAGUGAGUUUAUAGAUAUCUGUUGGAAAUUCAAGCAGGACCUCGAUAAGUUUUCAAAAGAGAGGCCAUUCAGGCAAACUUGAUUCCUGAUGCUUAAGUCUUGCAGAGAUAAUUUGCAAGGUAAAUUAUGAUGAUUUAAAACAAAUAUAUUGACAUGUCACUGAUAGGAAGUGUGGAUAAGAUAAGGGAGAUUAGCACAAAGUAUUUGAAAGACUCAUGCAAGCUAGGGAAAAACUAUGAAACAGGUGGAUGUGUUUACCGACAGUUAAGGAACAGAAUCUCAGCACACACUGGUCCAGGGCUGAGAAAGAGAGAGAGAAAUCUACACUCUAGGAAGUUGAUUCAACCUGAGCGUUUCAGUACAAAAGAUACAGAAUCCAUUGGCAUCGUUUAAGCUUAGAACAUAAUUAUAAAUAGUCGUUAAUGAAGAGUGUGGAAAGGAGUAUUACUGCAUCAGCGCCGAGACAAGAACCGGCUGUGAAGGCUUCUCCAGACUGGCGUUAAAUCUAGGGAGACGCUCUCCACCUACUGGUGACUCUUUGUAACUACAGGCUCCUAAAAAAGUUCUGUGGCCCGGUGUCCAAAUGAUUGCAAGGAUAGCAUGUAUCUCAGGCUUGAAAACAAGAACUCAAAAACGAGGAGCUUUGGGGGAAAAGCAACACAUAAUUCUGUACUUCCUCGGUCUUAUUGAGAGGCCUCUUCUCUGGGAAAGUCGGGUAAUGUGUUAGUUAUCCCUCCGGAUUCUCACUUGUCUCAGGAGCAGCAGACACUUGAACCUCUCUAUGGGACAUUUUCCUGUGGUUGUGUGUCUGACCUUAGAAAAGGGCCCUGUUGAUUUCUCCUCGGAAUUUCUCAUGCCAUUUUCUUUUAUGACAUCCUUUACUCUGUUUCUCGUCUUCAUAAUUGUGAAAAUAGCUUAAGCUGACAACCGUCUUAGAAACAACACAGGGCAGAGGGGUCUUUCUAUUAAAUGAGUCUAAAGUCAGCCUUGACCAUGUUCAGCCUUCACAGUCGCUCUCCCAGGGUUCUAGAGCUACGGCCAGGAUGGGGUUCGGGGCCUGGUGGUCUCGAAGAUGCUUAAAACUACAGCUUUGUGAUUCAACACCAUCCUUCAUGUCCCUGGGAUGUUUCUGACAACUAAACACAUAACUUUUCCCCAGAAGAAACAAACCCAGGCUAAUUAAAAGGAUAUAAAAAAUGUUUUUCCCACUGAACAACAGAGUCACUUAAAUGUUUUGGGCAGUGUUGAUAUCUUUAGAAGAUGUAAAAAGAAAAUGAAACCAACUGCUGAACAGGGCAAAGGUUCUGAAGACUUUGAGAAGAAAUGGUAAGGAUGGGGAGAAUUUGGCAUAGAGGACUUCCCAGCCCCCAAAAGUGGGAAUAAUGAAUCAGCAGAGGAGGCCAAAGGGAAAAGGUUCACCAUGUAAGGUUACACUGAGCAGCAUCAGUCACCCGUUUAAGUCAUGAUUUGUUAAGUGUGUCACACUCCGCUUGUGGCGCUAGGAAAGGCUGAGGGAUUUACAUGUUCUCCUGGGUUACUGUCCAGAGGCCUCUUCAGAACUGCCUGGCCCUGUCUCUCAAAGGAACUUAAGUUUGAUAGAAGAGAAUUAACACAGACCCAGCUGCCUGGGCUUAGGUGGAGAGAAGUCAACAGCCUGUUGGUACUGACAAAGAGCUUCCUCAUCAAGAUUACAGAAGGGCUCACGCUCACUGUGCCAAGUAGCAGGACCUUGAAGACCAAACAUGAUUUUGGUAACUUGGAAAGGAAGCUGAGGGAGGAAGUUUGCCAGUGUGUGCAAAGGCCAUGAAGCACAGGGACACUCAGAAGGCGAAGAACCUUAGCCAGUCUGGGUAAGGCAGGGAAGAGAAACAAGUUGUUCCUACAAUCAGAGAGACCCCAGAUCUCCUGGGAAGGACAAGCAGAUGGUUGGUUUGACCUGUAGACACGCACAAUCCAACAGCAUAGAAGCAGCUGGACCAUGGGAUGGCCUAAACAGCAGGCCAGGCAGUGAUAGUGUUCUUAAAUUCACAGGGGAAUACAUAGAUCUGGCCUGGAACUCACUAUGUAGACCAGGCUGGCCUUGAGCUCGCAGAGACCCACCUGCCUCUGCCUCCUGCCACACUCAGCUAUUCACUGCCUUUCUGAGUCGAUAAUUAUGACACUGGACACUAAAAGUAUGUCCUUGAGGCAGUGGACACAGGAAGGACCCGCCCACUCCCGUGUCUGUUAAGGGUUAGCAUUCAUUGAUGCCAGAGCAUGGAGCAGGUGCUGGGCCAGACUGAGGGACAGUUGUCCUCAUGACAACCCUUGCUUUCUUUCACGCUAACAAACUGACAAAAACAUGGCCCUUUCUCCAAAUUCCAAGAGAUUCUGGGUUCUGUUUCCCUGGUCCAAAAAUAUUUCCAAUAUGGCCAUGACCAAUGUUUCAGAAGUUUCUCUAAGUUCCCAACAAACAUUUGAAAUGGCCUCCCAGUGGCCCUAGGACCUGGUAGGAGACAGAUAGCUCCAACUUAAGUGCUGUCCCAACCCAGGCAGAGUGGAUGCCAUCCAUCCACCAUGGGGUGGAGUAAGGGCCGAGACAGAGGUCUCAGCACACUCUCUCAUUCCAUCUGCAACUUCUCUUUCCUCUCAAUUGUGACGUCUUGUGCUGUGUCCCUGGCAGGCCUGAUGCAUAGUGGUGCCCAACAGAUAUUUAUCAUAAAAUUUAUGAUCACUGCACUUUAUGUUUUUGUUACAGUCUUCGGUAACAUAUCUCUAAAUGCCUUGACUGUAUAAUUUAUGCUAGGCUUCUGAGAUCAGCUGCCCUAUUGUGAAGGAAGUAUAUGUGUUUACUGUUGAAAACAAGACCCUAUGUGAGGGAUUUUCCUCUAGAUGAGAGACAUCUGUCUGUCUAUCUGGUGUGAUAUAUGAUCGUCACUUUAUUUUAAAAUGGGGGGGGAACCCUACAAAGAAUACACUUGUUCAAAGAGGGAGAAAACUUUCAAAGGAAGACAAUAUUGAAUGAUACUUUUAAAUCUCUCUUCCCUCAUUAGUUCAUAUACAAAUGGGUAUAUACAAAUGGUACCAGCUUAAAGGAUGAAGCAAAAGCCAUUUUUUAAUAAAAGAAGGGAAAUUAUGCUGGAUUUGGAAAUUCACGUAUUGAGGUCUGGCCCAUUGCUUCUGCUUUGGUCAGGUCUGUAUCAGUCCAGUGUUAGACAGAUUCACGGGAUUUUAUCGUUUUCUACAUAAAUGCUGCCUGAAAUUUCCCAAUAUUUAACUCUCUACGGUGUCACCCCGAAUAAAGUCAAGCUGAAACAAGAGUGUGUAUUGAAAUUUUAUAAGAAAGGUAUGUACCCCAGAUCUCCUGGGUACUUGCACAUGCUGGGGCCAGACCCUGUUGUUUUUAAUUUUGCACCCUACUUAGGCAAUGUUACAGAAUCCACCUGCAGAACCCAGGUGGUGAAGAUGGUGCUAAAGUUAAAACCAUCAGUUCUUAUGUCCUUAUCCGCACCCCCCAAAAAAAUGACUUCUAGGAAAAUCAAGACAAUCACAUGGUGAGAAAGCAAGGGGACCCAGAUUCCUUUAUUUUCACUGUUGGUUUUAAAAUAAACUCUUAACGUGAUCUCUCCCCUUCAUUGUUCCAGAACCCUCAAAUUCUUUGGGAUGGAAGGCAGGAGUUUCUGUCCUCACAGGAGAGUGUUUCUGGAUAAUUUCCUCACAGUGUUAAAGGUUGGGAAGACUAGGAGGUACCCCAAUAUGCAUACAAGCAGCUUAGAGAAAGUUCCUCAGUAUGGCAAAAAUCUAACACUUUAGAAUAGAGAAGCAAACAGUCAAAAUAAACACAGAAGUGAAAACGUGGCUUUGUUAAGGCACUGACACCCUCACACAUCUUCGUGCAUGAGCUGUUUGCUGCUGUCAGUGGUGUGGCGAACACUGACUCUUCCCCUAGGGGUGGAAAUCCUCAGAUGAUAUUCGGGAUCUUCUGGCAGCCCUGGAGGCUUACAUGUGUUCGCCUCAGUGGGAUGGAAACCUACACCUACCUCCUUUAAAUAGCAUGUGUGGGUCGGGCGUGAAUUUAUAGGAGGAUAACAGUUAUGAGAGGAGACCACCUUUGCACACUAGAAGCAGCUAGAAGAUGCUAGAAGCAUCCCCAGGUGCCCGAGCAGAAUCGAAAACGAGGUUGUAUCUGCCUUAGUCUUCUACAUGGGUGCCGUGGGAAACUCGCUGUGUACUGUGGACUAAAGUGGAGCUAGACAGACAUGCAGGAGAGCCAACAUCCACACCUUUUGUAACAUUUUCUCUGUGUGUUCCACAGUGCAUACCCAACUACCCUCAGCCCAUAUUCUAUUUGGGUGACUUAGCAUGGCUUCAUGCUCCAAGCUAGGGCAGAGUGCCUCUCCUAGGAUCGCUAAGGAAAAAAAAGUUGUGUAAGUAAUCUUGAAUUUUGAAAAUUCACCAAAGUUGUGGUUGGUCAAGAAGCUGCAUCCGUGAGUAGAAAGCGGAUGCAUGACUAACUGUUCUUUGAGCAUUUGGUUAAGCCACGGAAAGAAACAUUUCUGCCACAGGGCUUUUGCUGCCCUUCAAUGCUGCUUGUCUUGAACUGAAGGACCCAUCGUAACUGAUUGGACUUUAUUAUUAUUUCGCUAACUUGUUACUUUUUGCUGUUCUAGCAUUCCAGUGAAUCUGUGGGUGGUUUGCCAUUUCAUGGAUCAGUCAGACUGAACUCAUGAAUGGUUUAGAUGUCAGUCUGAUACCAACAUGAAUUUUGAUCUGAUUAGAUCAUAUUCUUGCUCUCCACAAGAACGCAUUCAUGAGAAUAAACAUCCUCAAUCUUCCUGCCAAUGAGAAGCAGAAAAUGAUGAUGGACAACUCAAACACUGUGGAAAGAAGGGCUGAGACGAACACUGUUCCCAGACUUUCACACUGAGGUGUUUACACUUGGUAGGUUUUAUGGCUAAAAAUUAAACGCUUCUGAGUUUCUCCAUCGAAUAGUUUGGUAAGUCUGGAAACUUUCCAAUUGAUAUUUGGAUAUGCAAAUCAAAGUCCUUCAUCAUUUCCUAGCCUCUAUCCUCUGUCUCUUUCAAAACCUCGCACACGGUAAGUAGCUCAGCUCCACUUUGCAUGCAAUCCUCUCUGCAAACAAGUCAGCGUUGAUUCACACGCCUGAUCUGAGGUGUUCUCUGUGGAGGUAGGGGCACAAGCCAAAGCCCGGACAACAUUUACGACAAUGCCGAGGGACAGGCACGGGCACACUUCCACAGGCUUCAAGUCAGCAUGGCAUGCAUGCUUGGUGGCAUGUGUUGCCUGGCAGGCUGGAAUCACCUAAUAAAGUGUGCAUGCUGGUGAUAUGUCUUGAAAAUUGUCCUUUUAAACGUAUUUAUCUUGCAAACCCCACAGAGUUUGGCUACUAAUUGUCAGUAUUUGUUCUUUCUGUCUCUACUGUCUCCACUCUAUUCCACAUCACCCUUGACCCAGGUCUACAAACAGCUUCCUCAGUAGGAAGAUCUAGGACCCACCAAGAGGUAGAGAUUUCAUGGUGCCACCCGGCACUCACUCCUUUGUGUUGUAGAUUUUUCUUUUUCCUUCUUUCCUUCUUAAAGGCACACUCUUAACUUACAUUUUUGAUGUUAACUUGAACCAGAUUCUAGUUUCCGGCAGCAAGUUAGUUGCUCAAAAAAUAAAAAUAACCCCAGACCAAUGAAUUACUGGCUCGGUUCACCUUUAAAAUCAAUAAGAAGCCCCUCCCACAGCCACAAGUGAUUAACAAUUUCACUGAGUUAACCUAAACCAGAAAAUGUCCCUCUGUGUGACCAUCUUCCUGUCAGUCGGUAGCCUGGAGUAUAUCCACAUUUUCCCCAAAAGAUCCUUUCCCCAUUACUGAGCUUCACAGAAGGAAAUGUCAAAGCAAGACCCCUGGCAAUGUAGUCCAUCAAGUAGGGGUCACCAUCUCUCAGCUGAUGGCCUCAGGAGCACCUGAGGCUCCUACACAAGAAAGUAUGUGGGAGCCCUACAUCUGGUUGUCUCUUGCCUUCCGGAAGAAGGCUGUGGGUUCCUUCUGGAUGUUUCAAGCGGCAGUAUUAUGUUCUGAGCUUGGCUGGCUUCUCUUGACUAAGACUGAGCCUAGAACAUCUGUUGUAGUGAUGUGCUCUGAGCUUUUGAAAGAGAAAAUUAGGCUUUAAAAGGCGCCUCUCAUUAGAUGUUCUCAAUAUAUUAAAAUGCACUUAAAAACCGCUUCUGUGUAAUACGCCAAAAAGGCCAAUCUUGAAUCAGUAGC